AUAAGUAUUUUCUUGGUCCGGGCUAACUCCACAUAUCCAAAUCAUGAGUCUCUUAUUGGCAAAGAGGCAGUAAAAAUAUUUAAAGUAGAAUCCGAAUUACCUUCUUACCAUCCUUACCCAGAAUCAGAAUUUAUUGAUGGAAGUAGAUCAGCUAAGAAUAAUAAAGCUGUAGGAACGAUGGAAAAUGAUAGAUUAGCUGAAAAACUCAACGAUCCCGAAGAACACGCCAAAAUCUGA